UUGGCUCCUCUGUUUUUGUUUCGAUUGCGUUUUGUUUAUGUUUUCUAUUUUUCUGAUCAAAUCAUGUCGUCUCAUGUUCGUCGUUCACUUGUCUGCGCAAUCUCCUAUAAUAUAUGGUAGACUGCGAUUAUUUCGCCGUGCCUGUUUGUCACCUCAUCCGAUUGCUGGAAAUACCCGAAGCAGCAUAAUCUCCAAUCGAAAGCAACUCAGUGAAGAAAGUUCCUCAUUAUCAAUGCAGUUGGGGUGAAUCACGUAAGAGCAAAGUGUUAUCUUCGUCAUGUAGAUGAGGUGAAUUAUCAAAACACCCAGAGCCACGCGGUCUAGUCUAGCCGGGAGAAGAGUAUAAACUGUUCGACAACAAUGGAGCUCCGCGAGUGGUCCCCGUUGGUGAGCCUGGUGAACAAAAUCCCGGUUACAGUGCAGCGCGGUCUGCUGUUUCACGAUGUUUCCAUCACCUGUGUGCACCUGGUCGAUGAAUUUAUUGCCUUGGGCAGCAAUGUAGGAAUUGUGUUCUGGUAUAAUCGGAAGAGCGGUGCGGUGGAGCGCCUUCAGACGGAGCACUCCAACCACUUGACAUGUAUUCGAAUAAUUUCGACCGUCGAGUUUAUGGUUGCAGCGGGCGACCAGCAGGGCAUGAUAAGUAUCUUCCAAAUACCUAAGGAAGCUCCCCCGGAUGUUUGCGCUGAACUACUUCUAAAAAGUAAACCGACCGAGCGGUACACCAUCCGCAAUGUGCACCGAGCGGAGAUCACCGAUCUGGUGUGGUCCAAAAACGGGAUGAAGCUUUUUUCCGGAGAUGACAACGGAGCAGUUGUGCUGAACGAGAUCAACUAUCAGGGAAAGACAUGCGCGGCCAGGGAGAUUGUGAACGAGAAAUAUCGGGUCGUUCAGAUGAGCUUGCGGAAGGACAAACUGCUGGUUUCAACUACAUAUCGAACUGUGAUCUGCACUCAGGAGGACUCCAAACGGUGGCGUGUGACGCAGGUCGGUAAGAAAGACCGAAAGAUGUUGAGUCACUUCGGGGCGAUCUUCCACGAGUAUCACAAGCAAUUUCAGGCGAUCUCUACCCGUUCCGGUUUCCGACUUUGGGUGUCGGAUAUGGAAGGGGAUGUGGCACAAACACUCAUUUUCAAGGAAUUAAUAAAAUUUUCUUCCGCCGAAAUUCCAGUUCUAAACCCUAGCAAACACCCCAUUAGAAUUCCAACCACUUUCGGUACACUCUACUCAUUCCAGGAUAAGUUUGUACUAUCCGUUGCCAACGAUAUGAUGUUCGUUCUUGAUCUCGACAACAUGAAGGUUGUCGCAGCGUUAACAAGACUUCGCCGAAUCCUCGACAUAGCGGUCCACAAACACGAAAUACUAAUUGUCGAAAGCCCUCGAUCAUUACUUCGGCUAUCCACCCUUCCGGAUAGCAGUCAGGCCACAAUACUGUGUAAAAAUGUCGAACUGUUCACUACCAGUGAUAGCGACAGUCCAAUAGUCGUGGCAGAUGAGUGCCUCGAACAGGAAUCAGGAUCGGAAAACGUUUCGAAUCCAUCCGCGAAUGGUCACGUUGUGGCGAAAGGCGACGUCGUCGAUGGCAUCCAUUCGGCGACAACUUUAGAGCAGAAUCCUUCUUCCGAGGGUGGAUCACACCACCUCAUUACCCACAUGAAAAAGUUAGAACUAUUUGAAACGCUGAACGAACUGAAGUACGACGAAUCGAUCCUGUUCAAGAGUGGACGUAAAACGAAACGGAAGCACAAAUCCAAAGUCAAUCCGAUUGUCGAGAUUGGGCAGAUACCGAAGGAGAUGGAAGACGGCUUGGUGACCGCGGUUGGCAAUGAUCAUCCACAGGGAAGUGAUUCGCAAUCGGUAAAGCAGUGAUUAUACGGGGAGCAGCUUAUCAGUGUGAUAUUUUUAGCUUUUGGUUCUUAUGUUAAAGUCAAUUAUGAUAUCGAGUUUACUGGAAGUUUAUGUUUUGUCCAAGUGCACCAGAAUGUCUAAGACGUGGCUAGACGAUGCUUUAUAAGCACAUUUUGCAUUGCAUAGUAAAGUUUAUUGAUGAUAGCUUCUAAUAAAAUUGUUUUCGCUUAUUGAAUAAACCGAAAAGAAGGAAA